UGCGCCUCCCCUUGUUUCCCUGGGCAGUUUAAGGAGCCUGAAGAGAGAAGUGAAAACAGUCCAGAGUCGGAGCGGAUCCACAGCUGGCUGCAGGAGCAGAGCUUUAAGUUACGUGUCAAUAUGGAAGAAGUACUGGCGCCUUUCCGGGAGGCUGUGAGGGAACAGGGUGACUUGGUGCAGCAGUUGAAGGAAAAGGGCGCCACCCAGCAGGAGCUGAGCAGAGCUGUUGCUGAGCUGAAAGGCCGGAAGAAGAUUCUUGAAGCGAAGGAGUUGGCUUUGCAGCCCAAAGAUGACACGGUGGACAGAGUGAAGCUGGAGGAUACCUUGAAGAGGAGAUUCUUCUUUGAUCAGGCUUUUGCCAUAUAUGGAGGUGUGAGCGGCCUGUAUGAUUUCGGCCCUGUGGGCUGUGCCUUGAAGAACAACAUCCUGCAGGUGUGGAGGCAGCACUUCAUCCAGGAGGAGCAGAUCCUGGAGAUCGACUGCACCAUGCUGACCCCUGAGCCUGUCCUCAAGACGUCGGGGCAUGUGGAUAAAUUCGCUGACUACAUGGUGAAAGAUGCCAAGACUGGAGAGUGCCACCGUGCUGAUCACCUCCUCAAAGGUCACUUGAAAAAAAUGUUGUCUGACGAGAAGUGCUCUGCAGAGAAGGUGACCGAGAUGGAGACGGUAAUCACUCAGAUGGACAACUACACCCAGCAAGAGCUGACCGAUCUCUUUGUGAAGUACAACGUCAAAUCACCUUCCACAGGAAAUGACCUCACACCUCCCAUCUCCUUCAACCUGAUGUUUAAGACGUCCAUUGGACCAGGGGGGAACAUGCCGGGCUAUCUGAGGCCCGAAACAGCUCAGGGAAUGUUCCUCAACUUCAAACGCUUACUGGAGUUUAACCAGGGAAAACUUCCUUUUGGUGCCGCUCAAAUCGGAAACUCCUUCAGGAAUGAGAUCUCUCCCCGCUCUGGACUCAUUCGCGUCAGGGAGUUCACCAUGGCUGAGAUCGAGCACUUUGUGGACCCAAAUGACAAGAUCCACCCGAAAUUCUCCAGCGUGGCCGACCUGGACAUCCUGUUGUUCUCCUCCGAGGCUCAGACCAGCGGCCAGUCUGCCCAUAUCAUGAGGCUGGGGGACGCUGUGCUGCAGGGAGUGAUCAACAAUUCAGUGCUGGGUUACUUCAUUGGAAGAAUCUACCUAUAUCUGAUUCAAGUGGGGCUGUCCAAAGAAAAAGUACGCUUCCGUCAGCACAUGGAGAACGAGAUGGCUCACUACGCGUGCGACUGCUGGGACGCAGAGUCCAAGACCUCCUAUGGAUGGAUUGAGAUAGUGGGAUGUGCUGACCGCUCCUGCUAUGAUCUCUCGUGCCACUCCAGAGCCACCAAGGUCCCUCUAGUGGCUGAAAAGCCCCUUAAAGAACCCAAAGUAGUUAAUGUUGUCCAGUUUGAGCCCAACAAGGGAGCCAUAGGAACAGCCUACAAGAAAGAUGCCAAGUUGGUACUGGAGUACCUAGCUGCAUGUGACGACUGCUACAUCAGUGAUCAGGAGAAGCUUCUCAUUGAAAAUGGGGAGUUCAGCAUUGAGACAAAUGGCAGAACAUUUAAACUGACCAAAGACAUGGUCAGUGUGAAGAGGUUCCAGAAAACUCUGCACGUGGAGGAGAUUGUUCCCAAUGUAAUUGAGCCGUCCUUUGGCAUCGGCAGAAUCAUGUACUCCAUCUUCGAGCACUCGUUUCGGAUCCGGCAGGCGGAUGAACAGAGGACGUAUUUUAGCUUUCCUGCCACUGUAGCUCCAUACAAAUGUUCCAUCCUUCCUUUGAGCCAAAACCAGGAGUUUACGCCAUUUGUCCAACAGUUAUCUGAGGCGAUGACUAAAAACGUUGUGUCCCACAAAGUGGACAACUCUUCAGGAUCCAUCGGGAAGCGUUAUGCCCGGUCUGAUGAGAUCGGGGUAGCAUUUGGCAUCACCGUCGACUUCAACACGGUGAACAAGACGCCUCACACUGCCACGCUGAGGGACCGCGACUCGAUGAGGCAGAUCAGGGCCGAGAUCACUAGUUUGCCGGGGAUGGUUCGAGAUCUGUCUAAUGGCACCUUGGCGUGGGCUGAGGUAGAGACAAAGUACCCUAUCUUUGAGGGACAAGAGACCAGCAAGAAGGAGUAGCCAAACCGGGACUCCUCAGUACACAAAGGAAUAACAGUCAAUAAAGAUUUUUAUAUUUUACCAAAGUAAUUUUUGAACAGAAAGCUUUGUAGCCUUUAUAUUUCUACCGGAAAAAGCUACUUUCUCUUUCUGGGAGUUGUAGUUAUGUGUAGGUCAAGUCACAUAAUUUACAUAUGAAAUAUACAGCAGCAUCUGCAGAUUCAAACGUGUCACAGACUGGAGGAAAGCUCAACCAGUCAAUCCUGCUGGAGGGAUCAGAGUCCUCUGUGGCCUCCUUCCUCCUGCAGUAGCCUAUAUUACUGUCGCAUGCAGCCGUUUAAACCACUCCGAAAUGGAUGUGUAGCUGAUACUGAAAGCAGAAAACGUAGAUACAGCCAAGACUUUUAAUUAAAAAAAAAUGUAAUACUGCAUGCCUUGGUUAAACUUUGAUAAUAAACCAUAAACUGCACAGCU